AUGCCGUCAUCGACGGUCAGCUUGAUUGCCUGGGAUCCAGAGUCCCCGGCCCACGUCGGGCGCUUGUUCCAGCAGCGUGUCGCUUGCGGGUGGAAAUCGGACUGCGUCGAGAGCUGGAGGCAUCUGCAGAGGCAGGGCAAGAUGGCGAUCCAGUGGGUGGUCUUAUCCGACGACGACGACGCAGCAAAACUCUCUCGGCACACGCUCAGAUACCCCAUGGAGAGCACGCCCAUCCUCGACACGGCACUCGCCCUCGGUAGCAAGCCGCGCGCGCCCACGUCCGCUGCUUUUAUCCCCAUCGGUCACAUCUCCCUGGACUCGGAAUGUGCGUUUGAGGAGCAGGCCGAUGCGUCGAGGGGGACCUACUGCAUCACCUCCUUCUACAUCUCUGCGGCGCUGCAAGGCAGUGGGCUUGGUCGUGCGGCCAUGGACCGGGUCGAGAGGGAGGCAGUGAAGGAGCCGCUGCAUGCGAAGGUCUUGACUUUGGAUACGCUGUCGAACUCGAGCAUGAGUAAGGAGACCUUUGAGGAGAUGGGGCUCCCGGAGCCGAAGAUGUCGAACCAAGACUGGUAUGAGAGACGUGGGUACAAAGCCUGGAAGCUCAUGAGAGGCGACAUCAAGUGGACUGAUUCUGGAAACAAAGACUGGUUCCUCGAUCGCGUCUUGAUGAGAAAGACGGUUGCGUAG